CAGAAAUCACCAUACCCAAGAUUUAAGCAUUAAGCAAAACAUCUUUUACUAAUUCUGCUCCUAAAGGAUACAUAUGGCGGCCACUUUCCUUGACUUCCAUAGCUUAAUUGCUCCCCAAGAAAAAAAUCAACCCAAUUUCUUAAGGCCGUUUCUAAUAUAAAUAGCCCUUUCUGAAAAUUUCACUUGCACGUUUACUCCCUAAAUCAAGAUUUGUUUUACUUCAUCUUUUGUUUAUAUUAAGAUCUCUGCUGUGCAUAAUGGCGAGCCUAUCUAAUGGCAGCGUCGAGGGGAUUAAUGAAGAAGCCAAAUACGAUCUCAGUUCUAUCUUGUGCUCAGCAGACAGGGAUUACCUUAUUCGCAACAAUGGUGACCAGGUCAAAAUUGAUAAUUUGAAGGGGAAAACAGUUGGGCUGUAUUUCUCCGCAUCAUGGUGCGGGCCAUGCCAGGGGUUCACCCCAAAUUUAGUCGAGGCCUACAAUGAACUCAAGCAAGUUGACAAAUUUGAGGUCAUCUUCAUAUCUGCCGACCAAGAUGAAGAAUCCUUUAACUCUUAUUUCUCUAAAAUGCCCUGGCUUGCAGUCCCGUUUUCUGAUUCAAAAACACGCGAAAAACUGGACGAGACGUUUAGUGUCGAUGGGAUACCUCAUCUCGUUUUUCUUGAUGACAGUGGGAAAUUAUUGUCUGAGGAAGGCGUACGUAUAAUUCAAGAAUACGGUUCGGAAGGGUACCCUUUUAACUCCGAAAAGAUUCAGCAGCUCAAAGAACAAGAAUUUGAAGCUAGGAAGAACCAGUCGAUUAACUCAUUACUUGCAUACGGGUCGAGAGACUAUGUGAUUAAUGCUGAGGGGGAGAAGGUUCCAAUUGCUGAGCUGGAAGGCAAAACAAUCGGCUUGUACUUCAUAUUGUCCAGUUACAAAAGUUGCCUAUCUUUCAACCAGAAGCUAAUCGAAACUUACAAGGGCCUGAAAAAAAUUGGUGAGAAUUUCGAGAUUGUGAUGGUACCUCUCGAUAAUGACGAGCAAUCUUUCAUGCAACUUUUCAAACAAUUUCCUUGGCUUUCGUUGCCCAUGAAUGACAAAUGUCGUUCGAAGCUCGUCCGAUAUUUCGAGCUGGAUGAGCUCCCGACAGUUGUCGCGAUUGGGCCAGAUGGGAAAACUGUUCAUCCGAACGUGGCAGAUGCUAUCGAGGAACACGGAUUGAAAGCUUUCCCUUUCACGCCCGAGAAAUUUGCCGAGCUUGAAGAGAUUGAAAGGGCAAAAAUGGAAUCACAGACUCUGGAGUCCAUUUUGGUGUCGGGCGAUCUCGAUUUCGUGAUUGGAAGCGAUGGGGUCAAGGCGUGGAGUUAUAGCCAGUACGGCGGCGUUGAGGUUCUGAAGCUUGUGUCUGACGUGGCGGUGCCGGAGGUUAAGGACGAUGAGGUCUUGAUUAAGGUUGUCGCCGCCGCCUUGAACCCGGUCGAUUUCAAGAGGAGAUUUGGAUAUUUCAAGGCUAAUGAUUCUCCUUUCCCGACUAUUCCCGGCUAUGAUGUAGCUGGCAUUGUCGUUAAAGUAGGGAGCAAUGUGAAGGAAUUUAAAGAAGGAGACGAAGUUUAUGGAGACAUUAUAGAGAAGGCAAUUGCUGAGCCGAAACAGCUCGGCUCCUUAGCCGAGUACACAACUGCUCAAGAGAAGCUUUUAGCUCACAAGCCCAAGAAUCUCGAUUUUGUGCAAGCGGCUGCCUUGCCUCUUGCCCUAGAGACAGCUUAUGAAGGGCUCGAAAAGUAUGGUUUUUCUAAGGGCAAAUCAUUACUCGUGCUUGGUGGAGCCGGUGGUGUUGGGUCAUUCAUCAUUCAAAUUGCCAAGCACGUUUUUGGUGCGUCUAAGGUUGCAGCUACAACCAGCACGUCGAAGUUGGAAUUUCUGAAAAGUUUGGGGGCCGAUUUGGCAAUUGACUACACUAAGGAGAAGUAUGAGGACUUGCCUGAUAAAUUUGACUUUGUUUAUGAUGCUGUUGUUAGGCCAAAAGGGGAAACUGAGAGGGCCUUGAAGGCAGCAAAAGAAGGAGGCACCGUUAUCACGAUAGCUGGUGCACCUACACCACAGGUUCCUUUGUUUAUAUUAACUUCCAAUGGAGAGUACUUGAAGACACUUAAACCAUAUAUCGAGAGUGGGAAGGUGAAGCCCGUGCUCGACCCAAAGGGCCCUUUCCCGUUCGAAAAGGUUAACGAGGCGUUUGCUUAUCUGGAAACAGGUCGGGCCAUUGGGAAGGUGGUCAUAUAUCCAAUUCCUUGAAAAGAUGAUAAGAUUAGUUAUGAGUUUAUUGUGUUGUGGCUUUGAGUAUUGGAUUGAAAUUAUGGUAUUUAGUGUGUGUUGGUAAGAGCGUGGUGUUAUUAUGAAUAGUACAUUAUUGGCUAUAAUAUAAAUGGAUGUUUUGACAAUCGUUAUUGUGAGUUUUGUAAAAGUUGCUAGCCUAAUGUAGUUAGACACCAAAUACGUAUAUUUUGAACUGAAAUGUCAUGCAUCUAAAAAGCAUCAUGACAUUUGUAGUAAGUAUACAUUUUUGUUAAAAGAGUAAGACAAGCUGACUG